UUACGUAUCGCGCUAUCGGCUUUUUUCCCACCGCCGCAUACAUCUUGUCAACGUCGUCCGGUCAACUUCUCCCAGCGCGCAACGCUUUUGCCCGUCGUCUCUCACGUCUCCUCCGCAGCUCUCAUCAAUUCGUCCGCACCGAUCCGCCUUCGAUCAUCUCGCGUACGUGUUCCUCUUAAGACCCGACGACGCGUUCGUUUUUGCCCAACGCAUUCCGCUCCACCCCCGAUCGUCAGUUCGCUCAAUACCCUUAGUUUCCCGUUUAUCAUUUCCGAUUCCCCCGGUCCUGUGUCGUCCUGCUCGACUUAACGACUUGCCGGACCGCGUUUCUUCUCGCGUAUACUUGCCCACAACGUGUGGUUGUCGGUCGCCGCUCUUCCCCGAGUGUCCCGAACGCACGCCAUGGCCGAAGUCGAUGAUUCCGUUAUUGACGUGGUAGCGUCCGAAGUGAUCAACGGCUGCACCAUUACCGGCGACAGCGACUACUCCGACAAAGCGGCUGAUCCUACGUCCGUGGAGAUGCGCGUCAAACGCAAGGCUAAACGUCUGGCCAAGUCCCUGUCCCGGGACAGCGGAAUCGUCAACGGGCACGGCGGCACCGCCACCGUAGUGCAGCUCAAGCGGCGCUGGAAGAACAACAGAAAGUCCAGGAAUGGCUUCACCAAGCGUGGUGACGUCAAAAAGGGUGGUGCUGGUGGCAAAGGUGUUUGGGGAAAGUUAGGCGAAGAAAGCGACUUGGAUACAGCUAUUGAUAUGAAGGAUCCUAAUUAUGAUAGCGAUAUGUUGGAUGAUGAUAAUAUUGUGCUGCGUGAAAUUACUCCGGAAUCUUCUGAUGAAGAACUUAAAAGUUCCAUUACAUUUAAUAUUCUUGAGUAUUAUGAACAUGGUGAUACUGAGGAAGUAACAAUGUCAUUAAGUGAACUUAAUAUAGUUAGCAAAUGGCAUUUGAUCACUCAAGUUGCUGUUGAAGUAGCUUUGGAACACAAACCAUCUCAGAGAGAAAUGACUUCUGUAUUGAUAUCAGAUUUGUAUGGGCGUCUAAUUAAACAAAAAGAAAUUGCUCAGGGAUUUGAUGUUGUAUUGUCUAAUCUUCCUGACCUUAUUCUUGAUACUCCUGAUGCUCCUAUUGUUGUUGGCUGUUUCUUAGCCAGAGCCAUUGCAGACGAUUGUCUCCCACCCAAAAUUAUAGACUUUUUCAAAGAGAAAAACUACAGUGAUUUAGCUAAUGAAGCGUUGAUUAAGGCUUAUAACUUGUUGAAUAUUAAACAUGGACUGACUAGACUUGAUAAUGUUUGGGGUGUUGGUGGUAGUCUGAGACCAGUACAGUAUCUUGUGAGACAAAUGAAUAUGCUUUUGGAUGAAUAUUUGUGCUCUGGAGAUUUGCAGGAGGCCAUCAGAUGCAUUUUGGAAUUGGAAGUUCCACAUUUCCAUCAUGAACUUGUUUAUGAGGCGGUUGUUGAUGUUAUUGAAGCUAUGAAUACUCAUACUGAAAUUGCUAUGUGCAAAUUACUCAAAGCAUUGUAUGAUGCUAUUAUCAUAACACCAGAAAUGAUGAAUAGAGGUUUUGAUAGAGUAUUUGAUGUUCUGGAUGAUAUAUCUAUUGAUGUGCCAUUAGCACCUGCAGUUCUUGAACGUUUUUUGGAUAAAUGUGUCAAUGCUGGUUUCUUAAAAAGGGAUAUAUUGCAUAAAAUGCCAACAAGAACAUCUCGUAAGCGAUAUGUGUCUGAAGGUGAUGGUGGUCGCCUCAAAGAAGCAUAAGAACUUAACAAAUAUACUCCUUUUCUCUACAAUCCUUCUACCUCUCGAGUACAGUAUUUUUUCUUUAAAAUUUGAAUUAAAUAGAAGUAUUUUUUUUUUAAUUUUUUUUUAAUUUAAUUUUUUUGUUUAUCAAUUAAGAUCUUAAUUAUAAAACUUAAUUAUUUCAUUACAUUAACCAUAUUCCAGUUCGCUAACACUACUAUUAGUAAUAUUAAGAAUAUGUAUGGCUAUAUAAGCAAUUAUAUCACUUAGCCGUAGUAUUUGAACGCCAGCUAAGUGUUGCUUCUAGAUAAACAAUUAAAAAAUACAAAACAAGAAAAAAAAUGGUGUAUUAUUAAUAAAUUGUAUCUCAUAUGUGUUAAGGAUUCAAAAUUGAACAUUUAAAAAAAAAUAUUUCAAAA